UGGAUGCUCUUAUCUUGUACUUGGCUAUAGUCUAUGGUGGAAAAUAAUUGGCUUUAUAUGCAGAACCUUGACAGCCACGGGGAAUCACUUUUAAAGUAACCCACCGUAGACACAGCCAAAGAAAGCAAGAAUCAGAUACAAAGAAAGCACUGAGGCAUUAUAAAUAGCACCCACCACCCGUAGAGAGUAAUCAGAGGCAGAAUCCAAAUGGCCACUUCAAUCCUCGACGUACACAACGUUAGCGUAGAAGGCUCCGGCAACGAGUACAUCGUCUUCGGCCAUGGCCUCGGCACCGACAAAUCGGUGUGGAAGCGCAUCCUCCCAUACUUCGAACCUAACUACAAAGUCAUUCUCUUCGACCUCGUCUUCGCCGGCACCGUCAACCCUGACUACUUCGACUUCCGCCGCUACUCCACCCUCGACCCCUACGUCGACGACCUCCUCGCCAUCCUUGACGCCCUCCGUGUCACUCGCUGCGCCUUCGUCGGCCACUCCAUGUCCGCCACCAUCGGCAUCCUCGCCUCCAUCCGACGCCCUCAACUCUUCUCCAAACUCAUCCUCAUCGGUGCUUCUCCCCGAUUCUUGAAUGAUGAGAGUUACCGCGGUGGAUUUGAGUUGAACGAGAUAGAGGAAGUUUUUUCAGCAAUGGAGGCCAACUACCAGGCGUGGGUGAGGGGUUACGCGCCGCUCAUGGUGGGGGCGGAUGUUCCGGAGGCGGUGCAGGAGUUUUCUCGGACGCUGUUCAAUAUGCGACCGGACAUUACCCUGUUUGUUUCUCGGACGGUGUUCAACAGCGACCUCAGGGGGAUCCUGGGACUCGUCAAAGUGCCGUGUUGCAUCAUGCAGACGGCCAAGGACUUGUCCGUGCCGGCGGCGGCCGCGAGGUACAUGCAGGAGCAUCUCGGCGGGAAGACUACGGUGGAGUGGCUCAACACGGAGGGGCACCUCCCUCACCUGAGUGCUCCUACGUACUUGGCUCACAAGCUCCUGUUAGCACUGGCGGGGGCACACUGAAUACUAUGACGUUCCAGUUGAUAAGUUGGAUAUUAUAACCACUGCUAUGGGAUAUGCAUUGGCCACACAAGGAGGAUUCUGCACUGGAAAUGCAACAGUUAUAGAUCACCAACGAUUGAGUAGCUCUGGCUAUGUCUUUUCUGCUUCUUUGCCCCCAUAUCUUGCAAGCGCUGCAAUGAACGACAGUCAGGGAGUAGGGAGCUGGAUCUUUGAGUCACAGAUUUACGGAAGAGUUCAGUGAAAUUAAUAGUACAUCACAAGGAGAUAUUUUUAGAUCUCCCUGUUUGAAGACACUUCCCAGUACUUUUGUUGCCAGGCGACCAAAGAAUUC